AUGCUUGACAAAAAUUUUGAACCUGAUAUUUGUAAAUUAGAAGCGCUUGGUUUACUAUCAAAAUAUGAACGUUUUACAUUUAUGUUUUCUGCAACAUUUUCUGAUGAAGUUCAAAUAUUAGCUCAAGAUUUUAUACGUGAUAAUUAUAUAUCUCUUGUUGUUGGUAAACCUAAUGCUCUUAAUGAAGAUAUAUCACAAACUAUUGAAGAAGUGUCAAAUGCAUCUAAAAAAGAUCGACUUUUUCAAUUACUUGAACAAAAUCUUAAAUCUGAACGUUGUUUAAUAUUUGUUGAAAAAAAUCAAACAGCUAGUUAUAUAAGCGAGUACUUUAAUGUAGCCCAAAAGAUAAAAGAAUAUUACCCUUAUGUAACACUUUUUUAUCGGAAUAUUUUCGAAAUUUGUCAAUCAAGCGAUAAUAUGAUUAAGGUUUUUUCUCAACGUGAAGACUAA